GUCAGUUUCCGAUGGCCAUGCCCGGCUAAAAACAACCAUUUAAGAUCAUCAAAUACGAGCCCAGGUUUUCCGCUCGUUGGCGACCGUCACUCGCCCUAAGGAAUGGCCGAACCUUUGGCGAAUGAGUUGGCGUCCGCAGCUGCCCGAGGGGACCUAGCGCAAGUUACUAAUUUGUUGGAAAAUAAUAUAAACGUCAAUGCACAAAACGGAUUUGGGAGAACUGCGCUGCAGGUGGUGAAGCUGGGGAACCCGGAGAUCGCCAGGCAGUUGCUGCUGCGAGGCGCCGACCCGGAUCUGAAAGACCGCACCGGCUUCGCUGUCCUGCACGACGCGGCCCGGGCCGGCUUCCUCGACACGCUGCAGACUUUGCUGGAGUUCCAAGCGGACGUGAACGUGGAAGACAACGAGGGCAACCUGCCGCUGCACUUGGCCGCCCGAGAGGGCCACCUGGCCGUCGUGGCCUUCCUCCUGGAGCGCACGGCCAGCCGGGUGGAGCACCGCAACAAGAAGGGAGCCACCGCCUACGACCUGGCGAAGCUCUACAAGAGGCAGGCCGUCGCCAAGCUGCUGGAGAACAGCAGGCGGAGGGAGGGCGCCCUCAGCGGGGACUGA